GCCACGUCUCAGAAUCUCACCAAUUUCUCGUUCUCCUCUCCAUAUAUCCAGUCAAAAAUUCAAACAUCUCAGCUACCUACCUAUUCCUCUCUCUCUCUCUCUCUCUCUCUCUCUCUCUCAUGGAAAAACCGGGAAUUGCAAGGGAAGGAGAGAAAGGGAAGGAGACUAAGAAGACCAAGGAGCACUCGCUCUAUCCCCCGCGGCGCAUUCUAGCGUCCCCAGCUUCGGAGGUGAGGUUAGCGGCGAUAGCCAUAGGCCUCAACAUACGGUUGAGGGCAGCCGAUAUGCCGGCCGGUAUGCAAGAGCGAGCGUUCCGUUACACAAGAACGCUCUUGGAUGCAGUGGGCCCUAGCAACCGGCCCAAUCCCACCCACAUAGCUCUGGGUCUCAAGAAGGAGUUCGACGCAUCGUACGGACCGGCGUGGCAUUGCGUGGUGGGGAAAAGCUUCGGGUCGUUCCUGACUCACUCGCCCGGAGGAUUUCUCUACUUCUCCCUCGGAAGCCUCUCCUUUCUGCUCUUCAAGACCGAGGUUCGACCAAUCUUCCACUCGCCUCCGUGACCGAACGAAGAAGCCCUUUUCUGUAAUUUAAAAGACUUAAUUACCCCUCAGGUUUUUAACAAUUACGAAAUGCAGAUGAGAGAGGCUAUCAGGAAAAAA